GGCCUGGAGGAUAACAGCGGAGGAUUCAAACGGAACAUGGCAGCCGGUAAAGAUGUCGAUGAAAACACUCAAAAUACACGAGGAACACUGAGCAACAUGGUGACCAACAACGAGGACUCACCCGGAGGCUCCCGGGCCGGCCGACCACCCGUCAUCUUCAAUCCAGACUUCUUCGUGGAGAAGCUCCGCCACGAGAACCCGGAUGUUUUCCUGGAGCUGGUGUUGAGUAACAUCACUCGCCUCAUCGACCUUCCUGGCACAGAGUUCGCUCAGCUUCUCGGCGAGGAGAGUCCCAAGACGCCAACGGGUGGAAAUGGAGGCUUCUUUCGCUCCUUCAACUUCCUCAAACGCAAAGAUAAAGGUGUCGUGUUUGGAACCCCACUGACAGAGAGCUGCAUCGCCCAGAUCUACCAGCUCAUAGAGUACCUCAGCAAAAAUCUGCAUGUGGAGGGUUUGUUCCGUGUGCCGGGGAACAGUGUCCGGCAGCAGACCCUGAAGGAGCUCCUCAACAGCGGGGCCGAUGUGGACCUGGACUCCGGGGACUUUCACCCCAACGACGUGGCCACACUGCUCAAGACUUUCCUGGGAGAGCUGCCUGAGCCUCUGCUCACACACCGACACUUCCACGCACACCUAAAGAUAGCAGAUAUGACUCUGUUUGACGAACACGGCAACAAGACGGCGGUCCCCAACAAGGAGCGUCAGAUAGAAGCCCUGCAGCUCCUCUUCCUGCUGUUACCUCAGGCCAACCGCUCUCUGCUCAAGCUGCUGCUGGACCUGCUCUACCACACGGCCAAGCAGCAGGACAAGAACAAGAUGUCCGCCUUCAACCUGGCACUCAUGUUUGCCCCGCACGUCCUCUGGCCCCGACAUAUGACCGCCGGAGACCUGAAGGACAAUCUGAAGAAGCUGAACAACAGCAUGGCCUUUCUCAUCAAACACUCACAGAAACUCUUCAGGGCUCCAGCCUACCUGAGGGACUACGCCAAAGUUCACUUCACUGGGACCAAAGCGCUGCAGACCAAGGAUGAUCUGGAGCUGCUGGCGGCGAGCAGCUCUCCCUCUCAGAGGCGAGUGUUGCCCCAGAAGAGGACGGCCGCUCUGGGCCCCGGCUCUCAGGAGCAAUACCAAUCACCUGCUCAACAAUACACAGAGGAGGCUCUGAAGGAGCUCUUCAGACACGUCCACCACAACAUGCCCGACUCAGCCAAGAAGAAGAAGCUCGUCAGACAGUUAGUCAAACAGACGACCUCAGGGACGCCGACCAACGAGCAUCAUCAAGGCCCUCCAGCUCCCAGCAAGAAACAUCCCCGCUCCCGCUCCUUUGGGGGACUCAUCAAGCGUAAAGCUCGAGGCGAGCAGCUGACAGCGGAGCGGCGAGGCAGACACAUCUCCCCCGAUACCGUCACCAGAACAGGAAGGAAAGCCGGCAAAGAAAACGUCAUCCUGCAAUCUGUGAACAGUCCACUAAACGGUCCUGUCUUGGGGAAGGCGGGGCUGGUUGUAAAAAACCCAGAUUUUACUUUCCACAAGCACAAAGUUCUGAAAGUUUCUAAGAGAAGUGUCAGCUAUAAAUUCCUCUCCUCAUCCAUCCAUCCAUCCCUCCAUCCACCUCCCGUCUCUCAGCAGGACUCUCCCUCCGUCACCAGGACGUAUUUCUCUCCGGCUUAAGAGACAACACCUCCUCCUCCUCCUCGUCCUCGUCCUCGUCCUCUGGAGCAGGACCUGGGCAGUAUUAAUAUUAUUAUUCCCCCGUGUUUAUCUCGGUGCUUUCAUGGUAGUACGUUUGAUUUAACUGUGACUAACAUACAGCGGCUUGAGUCUCCGCCAGAGCAGCCAAACCAACGCUCAGAACUCCUCCUGCUCGUUCAUCAAGACCGGAGAGAGUUUCCACUUCUCACUUCUUCUGUGAGGAACUUCUGAUAUUCUUUAAAUCUAGUUAAGAUCCUGAAUGAUGGUCCAAGCUUUUAAAUCUUGCUCUUUUCAAAUCACAGGAUAUCCUUUGUUUAUAUUUCCUCUUCGUUUGGACGUCACUUUGAAGAAGAUCAUGUUUUGAAACGUGAAACUUCUCACCCAUGAGCGUCAGGGAAUGCACGAUAUAAUCUUCCUCGUGCCGCACGUCUUCAGACUUUCAUACUGAUCCAUUUACCUCCUCCGUCCCGCCAUCAAGCCUCUGUGACCUUCACACGGAAGGCGAGGGGUGAACGUGUCUCGCCUUGAGCCUGUGAUUUGAAAAGAGCUUCCUUUUACGAGCGACCUGGCCGAGACCGAAGUGUCAAAAGCUCCAGGCGAGAACAAGCAGAAAAUGAGUCCUGGUGUACAAAUCCUCCAGGUGCAGAGCAACUCAUGGAAGGAUUGGUUGUCCUGCAGGGGGCGCCCUGACUUCACACAUGGACCGAGUGUUUGACAGUGUGUUUGGUUUUUACAGCACAUGUUCUGAGCUCAUCUCUCCAGUACGAGCGAUGAGAGACGAAGCACCUGUGAUUAAAUCUCUUCAUCUUCUGGAUCUCUGCGCGUUGGUUUGGCUCCGCCGGCCUCAGACCGGCUUGUGCCAGUAAUAACUUGAACUUUUGUAAUCUGCUGUAUCAGAAACGAUGACCACUAACCGUCCGCCGUAGAGUGUAGGGUGUGUAUACAUGUUGUACAGUCUGUGUUUACGUUUUUUAGAGUGUGUUGGUUACUGGAAAACGAUGUGUGUGUGUAUGUGUGUGUGUGUUGUACAGAAUGAGUGAGCAGGUCACUUUAUAUUUUAAUGUUUCUCCUUCGUGUACGAGCUGGAUUCAACUCUUCUUUUAACACACUUUAUGAUGAAAACACUAGAGCUCUCUCAGAAAGGAGACGUUACAUUCCCAGAGUGUCGGAUGAAAUUAUUAAAUUAUUAUUUUUUUAAGGUGAAAAGUUAAAAAACGAAAGUGUGUCGAUGGUUUUACGUGAAGUCUGAGUUUACUCUGGUUGUGGAGCAGAGAUCGGUUACAGUCAGGUGGACUCCUUCUGGCGUCUGAGGAUAGAGAGAAAGGAAAUGAAGAAGUAGGAAAGGAGGAAGGUUGCAGCAUUAAGAGGAUUCUGUUAGAUCUUCUAAAAGCUGUGUUUAGAACCUGAGCUUUGUGUAGUCGUUUACCUCAAAACCAGCCUAAAGAAUCCUCCAGGAUCUUCCCUUAACACAAAAACCUGUACGAUCCAAAGCGCCGUUUCCUUCAACUCUACUCAGACUUCACUCAAAUUGAGAUCGGUUACAGUCAGGUGGACUCCUUCUGGUGUCUGAGGCCACCAUCUCGAUCUGAGGACAGAGAGAAAGGAAAUGAAGAAGUAGGAAAGGAGGAAGGUUGCAGAAUUAAGAGGUUUCUGAUAGAUCUUCUAAAAGCCGUGUUUAGAGCCCGAGCUUUGUGCAGACAUUUACUUCAAAAUAAGCUCAAAGAAUCCUCCAGGAUCUUCCCUGAGCACAAAAACCUGUAUGAUCCAAAUCGCUGUUUCCUUCAACUCUGCUCAGACUUCACUCGACUUGAGAUCGGUUACAGUCAGGUGGACUCCUUCAGGCGUCUGAGGCUACGCUCUUGGUCUGAGGAGAGAGAGAAAGGAAAUGAAGAAGUAGGAAAGGAGGAAGGUUGCAGCAUUAAGAGGUUUCUGAUAGAUCUUCUAAAAGCCGUGUUUAGAGCCUGAGCUUUGUGCAGACAUUUGCUUCAUCACAAGCCUAAAGAAUCCUCCAGGAUCUUCCCUUAACACAAAAACCUGUACGAUCCAAAGCGCUGUUUCCUUCAACUCUACUCAGACUUCACUCGACUUGAGAUCGGUUACAGUCAGGUGGACUCCUUCAGGCGUCUGAGGCCAUGAUCUUGGUCUGAGGAGAGAGAAAGAAAGGAAAUGAAGAAGUAGGAAAGGAGGAAGGAUGCAGCAUUAAGAGGUUUCUGAUAGAUCUUAUAAAAGCCGUGUUUAGAGCCCGAGCUUUGUGCAGACAUUUGCUUCAUCACAAGCCUAAAGAAUCCUCCAGGAUCUUCCCUUAACACAAAAACCUGUACGAUCCAAAGCGCCAUUUCCUUCAACUCUCCUCAGACUUCACUCAAAUUGAGAUCGGUUACAGUCAGGUGGACUCCUUCUUGUGUCUGAGGCUACGAUCUCGGUCUGAGGAGAGAAAAAGAAAGGAACUGAAGAAGUAGGAAAGGAGGAAGGUUGCAGCAUUAAGAGGUUUCUGAUAGAUCUUCUAAAAGCCGUGUUUAGAGCCCGAGCUUUGUGCAGACAUUUGCUUCAUCACAAGCCUAAAGAAUCCUCCAGGAUCUUCCCUUAACACAAAAACCGGUACGAUCCAAAGUGCCGUUUCCUUCAGCUCUACUCAGACUUCACUCGACUUGAGAUCGGCUACAGUCGGGUGGACUCCUUCUGGUGCCUGAGGCUACGCUCUCGGUCUGAGGAGAGAGAGAGAAAGGAAAUAAAGAAGUAGGAAAGGAGGAAGGUUGCAGCAUUAAGAGGAUUCUGUUAGAUCUUCUAAAAGCUGUGUUUAGAACCUGAGCUUUGUGCAGACAUUUACCUCAAAACAACCCUAAAGAAUCAUCCAGGAUCUUCCCUUAACACAAAAACCUGUACGAUCCAAAGCGCCGUUUCCUUCAACUUUACUCAGACUUCACUCAAAUUGAGAUCGGUUACAGUCAGGUGGACUCCUUCUGGUGCCUGAGGGCACCAUCUCAGUCUGAGGAGAGAGAAAGAAAGGAAACGAAGAAGUAGGAAAGGAGGAAGGUUGCAGCAUUAAGAGCUUCCUGGCGGUCUGCAUUGAUCUUCUAAAAGCCGUGUUUAGAGCCCGAGCAUCCUCCAGGAUCUUCCCUUAACACAAAAACCUGUACGAUCCAAAGAGCCAUUUCCUUCAGCUCUACUCAGACUUCACUCGACUUAACCGACCUCUGCUCAGUUUGUGUCGUAGCACACACGGAUGAACCGCUACCAGCUCUAAAUAAAACCCCAGAAGUUGCUGAUUUUGCAGAAUGAUGGGAGAAAUCUCUUGGAUAAUCUUCGAUGAACGGUUUAUAACUUGUAUGCCGUGUUUGUUUUUUCUCUGCCGGGUGUUUGGAGUCUGUUACCGGAGCAUCUUGGUGUCUUUGAAGGUGUUGUGGACGUUGUCAUGAAGGGUCUGUUGAAAGUGAUAAAGAUGGAUGCAGAUGGAUAUUUAAACCUUAAACUUUUAUAUUUGACUUUUUUUUGAACGUUUUGUUUCGGAUCAAUCCGAGCGGAUUCAUCUCAGGAGGGGAAUACGCGUCAAACUUUAAACUGGGAUCUCCCCGAGGCGUCUUCAGGCAGCUUCUAACGGACGUGUUUGCACAGAGAGCAAACUGACGCUGAGGACAGAUCGCCGUCUUUCUGUAUGGGAGAAUUAACGAGACAUAUUUAAGGUACUUUGUUUAUUUUUGUCCCCCCCAAGACCUCAGCUGUUACUCUGAAACACUGUCUCACUGUCAGUGUUGCAUUAAUAUGUUGUUUUUUCCCCCUGACUUAAAUGUGACACUUUGUUACUGAUAUCUUUUUGUACACGAGUUCCUCUGGACAUGAUUUAAGCACUUCAUCUGGAGGUAAAGUUUAAACCCCUUUCAGUGAACUCCUCUUCUGUGGUAACCUGUUUGUAUUUUGGUGUAAAAUAAGUUAACCCUGUACAGAUGAUUGGUCAAACAUCCACUUUGGAUUAAAACUUUUUUAUGUUUUCCAAACUAAA